CAACCGACAACUUUCGCCUGAUCACGAAACAGCAUUCUACGAAGAAUCACAGAGAUAAGGAUAAUACGUUCGAUAUCAUGCUUCAAUUGUUUUAUUUUAUUACAUACCUGCUUAAGGCGUGGCGACAGGCGCGACCCGGCCAAGAGCACGUACCGACCGAUUCGAUCGAUGGAGUUAUACCGUCUCUUCAAACUGUUGUCGCCGAUCAGCUUCGUCUCGCCGCGGACCACAUCGAGCAACGUCAGAAGGCUGGUGCUACGCUGGAGGAAGCAACUAAUCAGUUCCUUGUGCAGUACCGGCAUGAAAUGAUCGAGAAGGCCUGCCAAACGGUGUCACCCGAGUUGGCCCGCGUGUUGCGUUCGGUGUACUCUCUGUACGCUGACGAUGAGGCACUGAAAGCACUCCGGGAUCUGCUGAAAUUUACGACGAUUUCGGAAAGCGAUAUUAAUCGGUUGCAAGCCAAGCUGGAAGCGGCGUUGGCGGAAUUGCGCCAGAAUGUUAUCGGUAUCGUCGAUUCGUUUGACCUGCCGGAUGACGUUCCGGGAUUGCCGCUUGGAGCUUACGAUGGAAAUGUAUACGAGCGAUUGUACGAGGAGGCUAAGAAAAAUCCCCUGAAUCUGGAACCGGUGAAGCAAUCAUUCCACAAGUAUUUGAAACCAUUCAUGAAAUCCCGCCUUUAAGAAGGACUAGUUGAAACCUUUCGCAACCGUGGUGAUAGAUUUAAUUUCCAUAAUAUUAAUUCAUUAGAUUCUAAACCUUUUCUUGUAUACCGUUCAAUUGCACCGGCGUUAUCUGAGACUAAAGUGCGGGCGCAUUUGUGGUGAAUUUUUUAAAAUAUACACACUUUUUGGUGGUACAGGUACUACACGUGA